UUUCGGCUUCCUCUUCCACCUUCCGACCCAAAGAUGAGCUUCUCCAAGUGGGAUGGCAAGCCUAUCAUACGCGGUUCAGCUGAAUGCUUGGGCCCGGGGAACGGCGGGACGCGCAUUGACGAUGGGGAAUCAAAUUCAUCUUAUUUAUAAAAUCUCUGAGCCCUCCCACGGUGGAGUGGCCCUGAGCCUUCUCCAUAUUGCUGAAACCCGACAAUGCGACACUGACCUCGGCACGCCAUGACCCUCAACGACCCUAAGGAUGUUCUGCAUACCGUCAAUCUCGUCACGCAAGUGCUCUGUAUUCCGGUCGUCAGCAUAUUCGUGCUCCUGCGGUUUGCCAUUCGCAUCUACUAUAAGCAGUUUGUGAAAGUUGAAGACUUUUCAUGUCUGGUCGCAUGGCUACUGUUUAUGGGAUAUUGUGGUGUAUCCAUUGUCGUUGGUGAGUAUGGCGGAGGCUUCCACAUCACCGAUGUCUCUUCAGCACAUCAGGUGCUCUUUCGCAAGUUCUGCUACAUCGCCACGAUUCUCUACUGUCCCAUGGCCCUCCUCGUCAAGGUCGCCCUUCUCUCCAUCCUCAUCCGCAUUUUCAAGCCCUACCGAACCAAAGUCCUCUUUAUCUACGUCCUUCUCGGCUGCCUUGCUGUAUACUAUGUCAUUGCGUUGAUAGUGAAGAUUCGGAUGUGUGACCCCAUCCCCGGUUACUGGACGGGCGACCCAAACGCUUCAUGUCUCGACCAACGGGCUGCCCUAAUCGCCGACUCUGUCAUCAGUGUGGUGGCGGACUUCAUCAUCCUGUUCCUCCCUCUCCCGCUCACCUGGUCGCUGCAAAUGUCGCGGAGCAAGAAGUUGCGCGUGAUCGGCAUGCUCUCAGCCGGAGGUCUGGCCACGGCAUUCAGUUUAUACCGGUUGGUUCUGGUUGUGAAGGACGGCAGUUCCCCGGACCAGACGAUUGUGUUCGUCUGUGUCAUUCUGUCAGGAAACGCCGAAGGAGGCGUCGCCCUCAUCUGCGCCUGCCUCCCCACCGUGAAUAUUCUCAUCAACAAGCUCCGCAAGAAGGAAUACAGCUCCCAACGAUACUACGAGGCCGAUUCGUCUCUUCAACUGAGCAAGAUGAAGGGCGCAAACAGCAAGCGGUUCUCCCUGGGCAACUCCAGACGCGCUGAUGGCGUGGAGUCUGCUUCCGACCAGUCGCAUCUCAUCACCUUCGCUGGAACCGUCGAUAUGGCGCCAAACGCCGAUCCAGGGCGCAUUCAUAAAACUGUGGACGUGUCACAGACGGUGGAGAUGGUGAAUGAUACAAAUAGCGAUGUUCCUGAUGAACGUCAUAGCAGCUUCGACUAGUAAUGAUUAUUAAUGUUGGGUUGGGAGGGUAUCUUUAUUUUGUGCAUGCAUUAUUGCAGAGAUUUGUUCACAUUAGCAGACAUUGAUUAGAC